UAGCAUUCUCUUUGUCAUCAUUUGCUUAAGAAUGGCAACAAUGAUCAUCCUUGACUUCCAAUGCUGCUUCAUCUUCAUCUCCCUCUGCUCUAUCUUCUCAUUCCUCUGUUACAAACUCUUCUUCAAGAAACCAAGCGGCUCAAUACGUGGCUGUGAUUUGCCUCCGAGCCUUCCUUCUCUUCCUAUCAUCGGUCAUCUUCACCUUCUACUCUCUACUCUUCCCCACAAGUCUCUUCAGAAACUCUCCCUUAAGUACGGAUCUCUCAUCAGUCUCCGCAUCUUCAACAACCCCAUAGUCCUCGUCUCAUCAGCCUCAGUAGCUUAUGAGAUCUUCAGGACGCAUGAUGUGAAUAUCUCGUUUCGUGGUUCACCUCCCAUCGACGAUUCUCUCUUUGUCGGAUCUUGGAGCUUCAUCUUCUCUCCUUAUGGAGAUCACUGGAAGUUCAUGAAGAAGCUCAUGGUCACAAAGCUGCUCGGAUCACAAGCGCUCGAACGGUCAAGAUUCGUCCGUGCAGAUGAGUUACAUCGGUUUUAUGUGAGCUUGCUUGAUAAAGCGGGAAAGAAGGAGACUGUUGACAUGGUUAAGGAAACGAUGAAGUUAAGUAACAACAGCAUUUGCAAGAUGAUUGUGGGGAGGAGUUGUUCAGAGGAGAACGGUGAGGCAGAGAAAGCUAGAAGUUUGGCUAGCGAAUCGAUUGCCUUGGUGAACAAGGUUGUAUUGGGAAGCUUGUUGCGCCCACCGUUUAAAAAGCUUCUAAGCUCAUUGUUUAGAAAAGAAGUGAUGGCUCUUUCCAGCAGAUUUGACGAGCUGCUCGAAAGGAUUCUUAAGGAAUAUGAGGAGAAGCUAGACGGGCAUCAAGGCACGGAACUGAUGGACGCGUUGUUGGAAGCUUAUCAAGAUGAAAACGCCGAGUAUAAGAUCACUAGGAACCAUAUCAAGUCUUUUGUUGCGGAUCUUCUAUUUGCAGGUACAGACACUACAGCACAGACAACACAGUGGACAAUGGCGGAGAUCAUUAAAAAUCCUGACAUUCUUGAGAGACUGAGAGAAGAAAUAGAUACGGUGGUAGGGAAAACAAGAUUGAUUCAAGAAACGGAUUUACCAAAACUGCCUUAUUUACAAGCGGUGGUUAAAGAAGUACUAAGAAUGCACCCACCAGGGUCUUUCUUUGCAAGGGUCCCCCAAGAAGGUUGUAGGAUCGGAGAGUUUUACGUGCCGGAGGAGACACCACUUAUUGUUAAUGUUUAUGCUGUGAUGAGAGAUCCAGAGUACUGGGAAGAUCCUGAUGAGUUUAAGCCAGAGAGGUUUCUAACUUCUUCUAAGUCAGGGAAAGAAGAUGAGAAAAGAGAGAAAGCACUAAAAUACAUUCCUUUCGGCGGGGGAAGGAGAGGUUGUCCCGGAGAAAACCUAGCUUAUGUCAUUCUAGGAAGUGUUGUUGGGAUGAUGGUGCAGGGCUUUGACUGGAGAAUCAAAGGAGAUAGAGUUGACUUGGAAGAAUCAAUCAAAGGAUUGACCUUGACCAUGGCUCAUCCUCCUAAGUUCAUUCCGGUUGCUCGAACCGUGAACCCUUUAAUUUCGAAUCUGCCUAACCACAAGUUGUGAUUUUUCACGUACGAGUCUGUAAAAUCGUUAAUAAAGAAAGCUUGGACUUUUAUGUUUCUGUGUCGUCCAAGUUUUCCGGUUAAGUCGUUGUUUUGGUUUUAAGUUUGGUUUACUAUGGAAGGGAUUUACGAAGUGAUUUUGGAUGGGAAAAAUGUGGAGAUUUUGGUUUUGAAGUUAGUCUAUAAAGUUCCAAGUGUCAUUUAAAAUUAACAGAUACCUAAUCACUCUUGUAAUGAUCCCCAUAUCAUAUACUAUUGUAAUUAAAGAUCAUGUCUGUUGUCUAAUAAAUUAAUCAUAUACCAA